UUGUUUCGUAAACGGCCAGCGUUGUCAAGAUUAUAAUCUAAAGAAUAGCAAAUAGUUCCAGAUUUCUGAGAGUACUUCGAAAGGCGCUGCUUGCAUCUUUAGCUUUCUAAAAGAAAACAUAAACAAACUGUAUGUUAGUUUGUACUACAACGACUGAGAUAAAGUAGAAAGAAAAUUAAAUUUAUCAAACAAUGUCGAAUUCAGACGAUCCAACAGAAAAAAUAGUAUUUAAGAAAAAAAGCAAAAACAAAUGUUUACGUCAACGAAAAAAAUCGUCCAGUGACAGUGAGCAAGAAGAUCCUGAAAUAAGUUCCAAAUUGGAAGAGCUUAAAACAAUCCAAAAAAUUAGAGAACGACAAAAAGGAGUAGACAUUGUAACCUUGGCACUUGGAGAAACAGCACCAAAAGAUCCAAUAGCUUCUGAUACGUUCCGUAUAAAAAUAGGAGGGAUGGUAAAUAUGGCUUCAUUGAAAAAUGCAAACUUGAAGCAAGAUACUUAUGAUACUUCUAUUGGAACACAGUUUAAUGCAGAAACAAAUAAACGUGAUGAAGAUGAGGAAAUGGUAAAAUACAUUGAAGAAGAAUUAGCAAAAAGGAAAAAUAAAACAUAUUCUGGAAAAAAUGAAGAAGAUGGAAAUCAUGAUAAUAUAUAUUGUUCACCAGAAGAAGCUGCUCUUCGAGCAGUUCCAGAAUACUUAAGACAAAGUACUUCACACAAAAGUGAAGAAAUGUUAUCAAAUCAAAUGCUCUCUGGUAUUCCAGAGGUUGAUCUUGGUAUUGAAGCUAAAAUACGAAAUAUUGAGGCAACAGAAGAAGCAAAAAUGAAAUUACUGUGGGAAAAACAUAAAAAAAAGGAUGCCCCAUCACAAUUUGUACCAACAAAUAUGGCAGUAAAUUUUGUGCAACACAAUAGAUUUAAUAUCGACGAUGCUGAUGUACAAAAAAGAAAACGAGAAGCUGCAGCUCAAAGAGAAGCAAAGAAUAGAGAAAAACGAAAAGACAAUGAUGAGAAAGCAACAGAUGAUUAUCACUAUGAACGAUUCAAAAAGCAAUUUAGAAGAUUUUAAAAUUUAGUAUUAUGUAUAUAAGAACCAACUAUUUCAUUAUAGAUUGUAAUAUAGUUAAUGAAAUUGUUAUUGUAAUUAAUUUUUAACAAUUAAAUUCAUAAUAAGUUUGAGU